UCAUGUAUUCAGCUACACGUACCACGAGGCUAAAGGUUUACUUACCUUUUAAUUCAUUAUUGUAUUGUCUGUUAGACUGUUGUUAAAGUGUAAAGUGAUUAAAAUCGUACAUUUUUGCAGUUCAAAUUUUUAUUUAAUCAUAUUCGAUUUUUUUGACAUUUUUAUUCGUCACAAGAACGUUGUGAAAAAUGAAAAAAAUUCAAGCAUAUACUCUUGCCAUGAAAAAGGUAUUUGGAAAUAACUGAUUGAUGAUCUCGUAAUGAGCCAUCGCAUCCUCAUUACGCACAAUUCGUGAUGCUUGAAUAUGGUCCUUAUGAAUUGGUUUUAUUUUUUGGAGCUAAUUUAUUCAACAACUAGAAACUGGAGAUGAAAGGAAAACGAAAGCGUCGACUUGGAAAAGGUGAAAACCAGACUAGGAGACGAAAUGAAGGAGAAAAAAGAAAACUUUAUCGUACCGAUGAAAAAAAGGAAGUGCGUUUUAGACCAAUGUAACAUGUGUUCCAAAACCGAUACCAGCAUAGGAUUACCUACACCUCAGCCAUCUGAUUCUGAGGGCGAAGACCACGAUAGCCAGCAUGCAAAAGAUGAUUGCAAACUGGCGAAGAUUUUGUUAUCUACGCCUCCUCGGACACCUAGUCCAUCCAGUCCGAAGAAAUCUUCCGUACACGUUUCGGUUAUUAUGAAAGUCAACAAAGAAGGAGUCUGCCAACCGGAACCUUAUGGCAAAAAUAUCAACCCUCCUGAAGAUCGCGUGAUACCUUCCCCCUCGAAAAGUGCAUUUACCAAUAUACCAAAAGAACCGAGAAUUUUACCUUUGAAGGUGAAAAAUGGAGACGCGACGAAACUGGAAAAUACCUUUCCAAAAGAGAUAUUAGCGGAAAAAGAUCAAUUAUCGUCGUACGCUUACGAUUACGCUCAAAAUUUCAGUUACCAAAUGAAUCCUAGACGCCUGCAAGAAUCGCGAUUAUACGAACGCGACAAGAAAUUCAGCAACUACUUGAGCUGCGUCGCUCAAAAAUACAAUUUCGAGAGAACUAGUUCGAAUAUGGCGGAUGCUUACAAGACUGUCUCGUCGGAUAAAAUGAUAUGGAGCCCUUUACGAAAUUACAACACGGUUGAAAAUGUACAUUCUCGAUUAUCGAAACCGAAUAUCGACAACGUUCCGUCGCGCAAAAGACGUUCGAUUUUUUCGGAUUCGGAAAACGUGGAUAUCGCUGCAGCUGGAUGUAAUAUGGUUUACCCGAUUCAAACCAAUACGGCGUUUAGUGCUUUUAAAAGACCAGUCAACGUGGCUGAUAAAUGCCUAGCUUUUGCCAACGUGAAUUCACGUCCGGCUGUGAAUCAGGCCAUGUUACGAUAUCCUUCCAAACAGCCUAUGUACUCGCCGGCUUCGCAAAUGGUAUCGAAUUUCUAUUACGAAUCUCUACCUCAGAUGAAUCCAUUUCUACGAGAAAAUUAUCUUCAGAAUAAUCUCCGAGUAAAAUUCGAUCCUACUAAAUACGUUCCUUCGUCGUAUGAAAAUGAUUACAAUAUGGUACCCGAGAAACGUCUAAGACUGAUUGAAACUUGCACAACGGUGCCGAAUUGCUACCAUUUUCCUACCGUUACGAAAGACACGAUCAAUGUUUUCAAACCGUCCGCUGUCAUAUCUAGUCCAUCUACUACUACCACCACAUCGUACAACACAAAUUGUAGUAAUUCAUUCGUAGAAAACGUUCGACCACCGGAAGAAGUCGCAGAAACUGACCCGACGAAAAAAUUCAAACCCAAAUGUUCCAAAGAAGACUGCCAACAAAAUCUGUACGAUGUAAACGUACCGAUCAAAAGUAAACCAUUGGUAGGAAAAACCACCAAUGGGCCUGCUCAUCAAGGAUAUUCUUCGACCACGAAAACCGUGCCUAUCGCUCCUAAACCCGUAUUACCGAAAGAUUCGCCUAAAACUGUGAUACUUACUGGAGGAACACUGAUACCAGUAUCGCCAUCAAACCAAAAUGGUUCUUCAGUCAUUCCAAUUUCAUCAUCGUCUCAACCUUUGCUAGUCAGUUCUUCGAGUUCGGAUCAAGGAUGUCAGUCCUUCAUCAUCAUCGCACAAACUCCUCACAAACCUGUUCAACAAGAAACUCGCAAACGUAUUUUCGAAUGUAAAUACUCAAAUUGUGGUAAAAAUUACUUCAAAUCUUCGCAUCUCAAGGCGCACAUUCGAACUCAUACAGGAGAAAAGCCAUUUUCUUGCCAAUGGCCUGGCUGUGAUAGUAAAUUCUCACGUUCCGACGAGUUAUCCAGACACAAGCGAACGCACACAGGCGAAAAAAAAUUCAGCUGUUCGAUAUGUUCGCGAAGAUUCAUGAGAUCCGAUCACCUUUCCAAACACGUGAAACGCCACAAUAAGCAAUCAUUGCAAUCACAGUCAUCGUUACCAUUAACGUCGAGAAAAUUGUCUAAUGCAACGCAAUUUCUAGUCAAUGAAGGUGGCACAGCUAUAGCGGCGGUUGCACCUUUAAACGUUAUUUUACCAACCGAAUGUACUGAUAGUUUAGGUUCUAAUUCAUAAUAAUUUGUAGCUAAUAUUUGUAUUCAUUAAAUUGAGGUUUCUCUCGUUAA